GUGGUUCCCAGUGUCCCCAUAUUUUCAAGUAUAAGUUCUCGGGCCCUGAUUAUAAUACAAUACUUUAAAACUGAUGAUUUAUCACUAAUCCCUUGUGUCCUUGAAAAACCACUUAAUUUGAGUGUUUGAUAUAUUUGAUGUGUCGUGUAAAAGCAAUCAUAUGAGUCACUCAAUAAUCUCGGCCCCUUGUUUUCAUUUUCAUUCAUAAAAGAAGUCGGUGGAAUCAAUAGACGACUCGUUUUGGUUUGCUUGCUGAUUAGUGGUGAAAUAAAUUUCAAAACAUUGUACGAUGGCAGAUCCACGCAUCAGAACUAUCAAAAUAAAAACAGGUGUUGUCAAGAGGUUAGCAAAGGAGAAGACCGUGUACGAACGUGAGGCAGAACAACAAAAAAUCCGCGUAGAGAAAUUCAAGAAGGACGGUAAAGACGAGUACGAAAUUCGCAAACAAGAGGAAGUGUUAAACGAGAGUCACAUGAUGGUACCAGAUUGCCAGAGAAAACUUCUCGCUGCUUUCGAGGAGUUGAGGAAUAUUCUGGAGGUGGAACAAGAUUUGAAGGAAACGGAAGACUAUCUGGCAGCCCAUAGGGCCUUAGAGGAAGCUAAAGCACAGUUACCGAUAGCUGAAGUGUGUUAAAUGUUAUUUACCCACAUUUUUCAAUUUAUGCAUUUGUUUAAUAUUAAUGUGAUAGUAAAAUAUGUAUUACUUGG